CGAAAUUUCGUAUGUGAAGGCCCUUAUGUCAUGGUGCGAUAGUAAGGUAUGUGUUAGCAUCUUCGCACACGUAUUAAAACAAGGAAGAAUUUUAAACGUGAGCUCAUCUGCCGCGCCGCACGUUGUAUUUACAUGUUUUUUAUAUCUGUAUUUACCAAGCUUCGAAAGUAAGUUCAAAUCCUACUUGAUGGCAAGUAAGCAUCAACACAUAUUUUGGACAAAUAACUUGUUAGUGAUAAGUACCUGACUGGCUUUCUGUAUGGUCACAGGGCUGGGAAGAACAGUGUGAUUCGGAUAUAUGUAGUUGUCCAAAAUCCGUGUCACCCUAGUGUUGGCGAACAGUGUUUGUGUGUGGUUAAGUUGUUUGUCUUGAGUGAUAUUUUCCAAAAUCUUGGUAACCACAAUCAAAUUGGUUCACAAGGUUGUCAGAGGGGCAAAAAAGGCUUUUAUGUAACGGGAUUCCGUGUCUAGUAACCGUUGAUCAAUGAUACUUCCAGAUAUGUACCCAGGUAUAUGGACCACAAAAGUGAAGUAUUUGUAAGUUAGCAUAAAGUACUGUCGUGAGUUCCUUAGAAUAUAUCAACUUUCAUUUUGCAGGACUCCUGGAAAGUUGCUUGUGCCAUCUCAGCGAAUAGCGAACUCCGAGACCUUACUACUCGGAAGGAGUCCAAUUCACUAUGUUGUUCUCUGAGUUUCUGGGUAUUGCCACUAAGUUUCAUGUUGGGGCUAGGCAUAUGAGUCUUAUGGAGUCCCUAGAAUUGUUCAAAAUGCUAUAUGUCGUUCGGAAGUCCCCUAUACUUUAAUGAGUAAGGAUCCCGUGGCUUGAGGUUUUUCUUAGGAGGCUCGGAUGUGAGUCCUCGAACUGAUUUCGUGGCUGGCGUUUAAACACAUCUCAGAGUAUUCCUGCCCUUUCUAACUCUAGGAGAGAAUUGACCAUAUUGCAUGUAUAGUUUGCAACAUUUCCCAGAUGGACGUCCUUAUACAUCGAAGUGUUAUAAGUAAUCCCAUUGUUAUCAGCCCAAUUUUAAUGUCGGGUCAGACAUUCCUGAAGUGCCAACUCAACACCCUGGUUGCAAACUUUUCGGAGCUCAACAUCGUCCGGAAGAAGUAAUAUCGUGGAAGAUGCUUGCUAAGAAGAGUCAUUUGUGUCAAUCAUUUCGAAAGGCGGUCCUAGCACGACACUGUAGAAUCCCACUAAGACUCUCUGUGACUUGAGAGGAUGGUCGAUUUAUUCCGAUAUGAUUUAGGCCAGUCUAUCAAUGGUGACCUAAUGCCUAUCAGCUUGACAAGGAAUGUUAUCGACCCCAUCAGGGGUUCCGGAGAAAGGAGGUAGUGUAGUAGUUGGUUUAUCUACUGCAGUCAUCAGAUUGGGUUGCAGAAGUAAUCCUCGAAAUCGUACUGUUGGGGCGAAAAAAUUUUUAGGUAGUAAUUAUUCACGUAGGCCGUUAUAAACCAGAGAUUUUCUAGCCUCUAAAGGUAUUGAUAAGAGAAUUGCUACUACAUGAAAAAAUUAAAUAAGUCUAGUGUAAGAUCCUAUAAGUUGUUAUAUUAACAAAUUUCCUUAGUUCAUUUGUAAAGAUUUACUAGUGUCCCAACAAGCCAGAUUGUUUACGUUAUUCAAUAAUGAACUUCAGUUUGUCAAAUUCUUUUUAUCCUAAAGGUUUUACACUCCUUUCAAUUUGCCAUUCAGAAGCUCAAAAUAUGUCUUCUAAAAGUUUCAAGGAACUAGGUGUUUGUAAUGAAAUAUGUGGUGUUAUUUCAACUCUUGGUUGGGUAAAACCGUCUGAAAUACAGCUAAAAGCUAUUCCGGCUGCUCUUCGUAAAAAGGACAUAGUGGGACUUGCAGAAACCGGGUCUGGGAAAACUGCCGCCUUUGCCAUACCAAUAUUACAAGAUUUACUCUCAAAGCCUAGACAUAACUUUGCAUUGGUACUGACUCCAACAAGAGAAUUAGCUCUUCAAGUCAAGUGUCUUUUUAUGGAACUAGGUGAUAAAUUUGGUCUGAAGGUGGUGUGUUUGGUAGGUGGCCAACAUGUUGAAGAUCAAGUUCGUGAUUUAAAAAGACUUAAAUUCCACGUAAUUGUUGGGACACCUGGCCGAAUAGUUUAUCAUCUUGAAAAUACGAAAGAAUUGCGCUUAAAUCACGUUAGGUACUUUGUACUUGACGAGGCUGACCAAAUGUUGGAGGAUACUUUUGAAGAACAGUUAGCUUUCAUAAUAACGAAGUUGCAUCCCAAUAAACAGACCUUCUUAUAUUCAGCUACCAUGACACAGAAUGUUGAUAAAAUACGAAAGGUAUGCACCCAGUCACCAGUUAUACUUGAAGUCAGUUCAAAAUAUAGCAAAGUUGACAAGUUAGAUCAUGCAUUUGUUUUUAUUCCGGAUAAAGAAAGGGAUUUUUACCUUAUAUAUUUACUAUUAUUGUCAUCUAAGAGCGCAGACAAUAGUCGAUCGAUUAUAUUCACAAGCACAUGGAGAGAAUCAUUUCGUUUAGUGGCAAUGCUUAAAAGUUUGGCCGAUGUAAUUGGUGCUAGUUCUGCCCCACUUAAUGGUGUUAUGCAGCAAGAUAAACGCCAAUCAUCUUUAUUCGAUUUUCGUACAGGUCGUGUUUCAAUACUUGUAGCUACCGACCUGGCCUCCAGGCAAGUUCACCAUAAGUUUCAUUUUAAAUUUUCCCGUUGAUAUUGUUUUUCUUUGAUUCACUACUUUCUGAUCAAUCUCAGAAGUGAUUUUAUUUUCCCUGAUCAAAUGGGCGGUACAAUGAAAUGGUCUUAAUGAUAAAAAUGUAUAAUUUGAAUUAUCUAUAUGUACGACUAAUUUUCCUAACUUCAGCAGUAUAGUCCAAAAACUCGAAACAGAUCAUUCCGUAACUCUUUAUUAUUUGAUUGUCUUUUUAAGGUUACUAGGAUUACAAAUAGUUUACAAAAAAGUCUACACAUGUUACCUUCUACUGCAAAGUGGAUUAAAUAUACAUAGAUAAAUCUUCAUACUUAUUUGUACCUCACAGUCUUGAGGAAUAUCUCUUAAGACUAACGCAAACUUUAAAUAAAGUUGGAGUUUGAUUGUUCACAACUUUUGUGCCCAAUCAUAGAAUAAAUGUCUAAAAAUACAUUUCAAGACGAGACAUGUAUUCUUUUACCUAGCACCUAAAUGCCCUGGUAUGGCCUAGCACUACAACCUGAACAUUUAUUAGUUAUGUUACUGUACUUUUUUUAAAAAUAAGAUUUGAGUUUUUUGGACAGUUGUUUUAUUUUACCUUUUUGUUGUUAGAAAUGUUGACUCAUCAAAUUAAUGUAUUUGUUCAUCAAGUGACACUUUAUAUAUUAAUUGUUAAACAUUUAUUGUCCUUAUCAUAAGAGACCUAAGCCGAAGAUUAUUUCUCAAGACUAUGAUUCCUAUGAGAUUUAUUUCUGUACGAAUCAAUCAUUGAAUGGUGACAACCAAUAUCAUUUUCUUUCUGUAUUGAGUAAAUAUUACCCUAACCAUUGUCAAACACCUAUGGUAUUCACUAAUUGAUAGAGUCAACUCACAGAAGUUAAUAUAGAAAUCUUCAUUCUUACAUAAGCCUUAGGUUGACACUAAUGUUAACCAGGAUGAGACACAAUCGUAUAAUAUAGGUAAGCUUCUUUGUAACAUUAAUUGAGAGUUGUUUAUAACCUCAUCAAUGAUUUUCCACUGGUACGUUGCACUUUAAUCCGACGUUCAAGGUUGCUCCUUCUAUGAUUUUAGCAUAUACGAUCGAUCGUUCGAAGAAACGUUUCAUCAAAUACAUGUCUUUUGCAUUCAAAGAAAGUGUUUCAGUUAUAAAGUAUCACUAACCGAACUAUUUCGCUGUACGCGAGUUCUGUGAUAGUCAUACUGAAAUAUGAUCUGUGAUACGAAUGCCUUACAUUAAAGCUGACUGGUACGGCCGAGAGUGGGGAAAGUUUGCUAUCCCUCUAGAAACGCUCUCACAUGGCCACGCGUAUAUACCCUCUGCUAGGGAAGUCCUACUCACUGCGUUCUCGUGGCGAGGGUGUUGUUUAGGAAAUUGAGAGGACGAAAAGCGAAUGUCCAGCACUUUAACCGGAUUGGUGGAUAUGGAGAGUCCACCUUCUGGAGUUGGAAAACCCUGAUUCCAAACCAAUAGUGCACAUGGACUCCAGGAUCCUGAGGGAACAAAUUGAGUAUAAAUCAAUUAUUGCUCACCGGCUACCACGGAACUGCAUUUCCUUACGUUGCUCCACUGCCUUGUAGAUCAGACCUUUAAGUCGAAGGCUCCGGGUGUGACCCCCUAAGAAAACCACCUGCUUCGGUCUGGGUACCCAAGUAAUAUCACAGCCCACACGAAAACCAAGUGACUUGUGUGGCGCAUAUAUAUGUAUAUGUAUAUGUUCAAAUAAAUAAAUACAAACAACAAAUGAAGGUUCAGUAUACAUACUGAACCAUAGUCAGCCACCACCCAGACAAUGAUAAUCGGACGCGCUCAGUUACGUAAACCCCCACGAUCUGACUAGAGAUUGAACAGAAUUAGCCCCAGGGCAAGAUUUCUAAACGUUUUCCUCAAAGUUUUGUCGUAUGUUCUUCCUAGUAAGCUACUUUCCCAUGCUCUUUAGUUUUCAUUAUUUUUUGAAUUUUGUAUUUAAAUAAUAAAAAGCAAAAUACACUAAAUAUCUGUCUUACUUCCCGCCUUCUUAAAAAACACCUUCAUUAAGGGGGUUAGACUUUCCAGAUGUUGAUCUUGUUAUCAACUACGAUGUUCCACGUCGGCCAUCGUGGUAUGAUUCUGCAAAAGCGUACAUACAUCGAGUAGGAAGAACUGCUCGUGCUGGACGACACGGACGUGCUAUUACAUUUGUUACUCCUUAUUCAGUUACACGUUUGAAAGCUAUAGAGUCAGCUUUAAACGAAAGAAUUCCUCAGUUACCUUGGCCUGGAACAGAUUGCUUGAAUUCACAGUUAAGACAACAAGUAGUACAAGCUGACAAAGAAGCUCGUGCAAACCUACGUAUCAAGGAAAAGCAGAAACAAAUAAAGAAAAAAAGAAAAGACUCAUCAAACAAUAACAGAUUGCCAAAAACUAAACGAUCACGUCAAAGUAAAGAAGUGGAUUCAGAAGAGACAAACAGUGAACCAGAGUAGUUUACCAUUCUUUGUACAGAUUUUGUAAAUACUACUAGAUCAUCGCAUUACUGGAUUUUUCAUAUAAUUCGUUUUUGGAAUGUGUUUGUUUAAUCUAAGCAAUACAAGCUGUAAACCAG